AAAACAAAAGACAAACAAACAAAAAGAUAAAACUUAAAGAAUGGGUAAGAAAAAGAACCCAUAAAAGACCCAAAAACAUAAUCCAACUCUGACCAAUAAGAUCGCAAAGAUAUAGAUCAACUUCGGUACAUGAAGCCAAAAUCAUCAGUACAGUGUCUUUUCCCUUUGUACAAACCAACAAAAAAGAGGUAUGGCCACACCUCAAUAAUACACCAAGUCUUUAACUCCUCAAUGUCAUUAGUUUUAAACCUUCAACCUUAACCCUCUAUAUGUGAAUCACUUCCAAGAUUAAUCUGCUUUAUCUAACUAUGUUAAAAAUGUAUAACAAGACUCAUUUAGAACUUCAGCUAAAAGCCAUAUCUUCUUCCUGACAUAAGAAAGAACUGUCAGUAAAAAAAAUCUUCAAGAUUGUAAAGGUCUUUGUCUAACCCCAGCGAAAAAAAUAUUAUUAUAUAACCUAAGAACAAUCCUUUGUCAGUGCCCAUUAUUCUCCAUCCUUCUUAGCCCUUGUCUUCUUCAUUGUCCCCUUUUUCUCACUUUAAGAUCUUUUUUGUUCUUAGCUCAUGACAAGUCACCAAAAUAUCAAAUUCCAGAGAAGUAUAAAACCGUGUUACUGUUUUAUUUACUUGAUAAAGAGCUUUUUAUUGUAGCUAAGUCUCUAAUCCUGAUUUGAUUUAACUCUGUUCCAUGUUUUGCGCAGAAGCUAUGAUUCCGGAGCAUCAAGAAGAUGUCAAGGCGCCACGAGCCUGUGAACUGUGUCUGAGCAAACAUGCGGUCUGGUAUUGUGCCUCCGACGAUGCUUUCUUGUGCCAUCUUUGUGAUGAGUCAGUGCAUUCUGCAAACCAAGUGGCGACAAAACACGAGAGAGUUUGGCUUCACGGAACAACAUCAAAGCCGGUUUGGCACAGCGGGUUCAGAAGAAAAGCAAGAACACCUAGAGUCCGUUCUGAGAAGAAGCCAGAGCAAGAGAUAGAUGAUGAGAGAAGAAGAAGAGAAGACCCUCGUGUUCCCGAGAUUGGAGGAGAAGGAAUGUUUACAAUACCAGAAACCAAUGAAGAUGAUGAUGAUGAUGAUCUGACUUCUCUUGUGCCAGAGUUUCAGGGAUUCAUAGAGAUGGAAUUCUUCUUGAGCAACCAUGAUGGUUCUGAAGACACAAUGAGACAAUUCAACUUUGAAGAUGAGAUUGAUGCAGUGGAGGAUCUAUGUUACAAUGAAGAAGAAGGUAAAACUAAACCCGAUGGAGAUGAAGCAUUUCCUGAACAAUCUUUGAUGAGCUCCAAGAAAGAUCACGGCAAUGCCAUCGCGAUUACAACAAAGACAGAAGAAAAUGAAGAUGAUGAGAGCAAUGCGAAGCAGAGGAACAUGUUACUUAGACUUAAUUACGAAAAUGUUAUAGCAGCUUGGGACAAACAAGAAGAAUCUCCAAGAGGAGCAACAAGAAACCAAUUUGAGUUUAACAACACAAGUAACUUCCAGCUAGUUCCCCCAGGGAUAGAGGGGAAGAAAAUGAGCAGCAGAAGUGAGAGAGAAGCAAGAGUAUGGAGAUACAGAGAUAAAAAGAAGAAUCGUCUGUUCGAGAAGAAGAUAAGGUACGAGGUUAGAAAGGUCAAUGCAGACAAAAGGCCGAGAAUGAAAGGUAGAUUUGUCCGGAGAUCUUUAACCAGCGACGUCUAGGAACGGAUGGAUUCUCUCAUAUCUGCUUUGAAUUCUUUUCAAAUCAAAUGCUAUACUACGAUUAAACUAGAAGCUAUGAAAAUAUGAAUUUUUAAGUUUCCAUGGGGAUUUGAACGCAACUGAAACAUAAAAAGGAACUAGAAGUAGGUUCAUUUCCGAAUUUGGCUAUGAAUUCAGAUAAUAAAACAAAUAACCUAAGUGAAACUUGAAU